UGGAGACUUGCAGUUGUUGCAGGAGAGUGACGACGGCGAGGAGCAGUUAACCAUUUUCUAAUCCGUUUUCCUUCUCCCCCAAUCCUCACCAUCUCCUCCACCGCCUCGCGGCACGCCCUAACCGCCGCCAUCAUCAUCCUCGCUUGUCCCACUCCCACUCCGUUAUCACCUCCACCUAACCAAAUCGUUCUUCCAUCUACACAUCCAUCAUUCGAUCGAUCCCCUUUUCGACUCGCCAUCUCUUCCAAGCCAAGCAAACGCCCCGCUCCUCAAUAAAGGUCGCACCUUGAGGGGACGCAGCAUAAGCGAUCGAGAUGGCGGACGUCGAGCCGGGCACCACCGCGAAGAGGCAGGCUUCCGGCGGCGGAGCGUAUUACUACGAGACGGCGGAGGAGGAGGAGCGGGCGUGGGUGCCGUGGCUGGUCCCGGGAUUCGUGCUAGCUUGCGUGGGCGUGUUUGUGGCGGAGAUGUACGUCAACAACUGCCCCGCGCAUCCCCAUCCCCUCGGCUCCUGCGUCGCCGGCUUCCUCCAUCGCUUCUCCUUCCAGCCCACCCGACAGAAUCCCCUCCUUGGGCCCUCCUCCUCCACCUUGGAGAAAAUGGGGGCUCUCGAAUGGAACAGAGUAGUCCACCAGAAUCAAGGUUGGAGGUUGCUCUCUUGUGUCUGGCUCCACGCAGGGCUCGUCCAUUUGAUCGUGAACAUGCUGAGUUUGAUAUUUGUUGGGAUUCGUCUCGAACAGCAAUUUGGAUUCGUUCGCAUUGGAACAGUCUACAUUCUGUCAGGCUUUGGUGGUGCUGUUCUCUCAGCUCUUCUCCUAAGGAAUAACAUUUCUGUUGGUGCUUCUGGAGCUCUAUUUGGCCUUCUUGGAUCAAUGCUUUCAGAACUUGUCAUAAAUUGGGCUAUCUACUCUAAUCGGAUUGCAGCUCUAUUAACUCUCAUUGUGAUCAUCAUAAUCAACUUGGUCAUUGGCUUAUUUCCUAGUGUGGAUAACUUUGCCCAUAUCGGCGGGUUCUUAUCCGGCUUCCUCCUGGGUUUUGUUUUGCUAAUCCGGCCUCAGUUUGGAUGGAUGGAGCGCCAUGAUCUUCCCCCUUCAGCUCAGGUUACAUCCAAGUACAAAGCAUACCAAUGUGUCUUAUGGUUGUUGGGACUCAUUUUACUGAUAGCUGGAUUUGCAGUUGGCUUGAUCAUGCUCUUCAGGGGAGUGAACGGGAACGACCACUGCCACUGGUGCCACUACCUGAAUUGUGUGCCAACGUCCAGUUGGAGCUGUGAGAACUGAAGAACAAUGGCAUAGGAAAGAACAGAAAAACAAGUUGCAGUAUGAGUCGUAUGACAUCCAAAUCAUUUUUCUUCUUUCUUUCUUGCUUUUAUUAUGUCUCAGAUUCAGCUUGUACAGAAUGAACUCGGUUGCUAUUGCAAUUAUUUGAGCUUGAUCGCUUUGUGAAUU